AAUAACGCAAUUAAAUGCAUUUCGAAUAUUAUAAUCGGUAUAAAAAAUGCAGCCCAAUAAUUGACAAAAUUGCAUUCAUGAUCAUGGUCUUGUCUUAAUUGGCAAGAUCACCGUUACAAACCGAUUUAGCAAAAAAUUUCGCGGUUUCAAUCCCUCCUUCGUUUCGGUUCCGUUUCCGAGAAUAAAUGGUCGGGAUAGUGGGAAAAGCGUCAUUAAACGUCAAUUCGUCGGUACUAUAAAAGCCAACCGGAAUUCCCAAAACAGCAUCUCAAAAUCCACUUCGGUUCAGUCUUCUACUACCACCAAAACAACGGGUUUUGUCUUCUUUGAAACUAAUCUAUCUGAUUAACCACGAUAAACAAUAUGAACAUGUUCGUAGUUUUGUCUUUCGUAUCCGUUGUCAUCUUCAACAUCAACACCGCCUUCGGUCAGGAAAUAGUGCAGCAACCCGCCGUUGUCCAACAACAACCCGCGGCACAACCCGCCCAGGAUCAAAAUGGUGGUCCAAAUUAUCAACUCUCUGGUACCUUCUUGUUGGCUCCAUCCCAAACUGUUAUGGAUCCCGUUUACGUUUUACCAGAAAACACCACCGGUCUCGUACAACAACAGCAACAAGCCCCCAGUGUUCCCUACAUCUUGGUACCUCAACAAAUACAAACACCAUACAUGGGUCAACAAUACCCUCAAUUCUAUACCAUUCUCAAUCAACAACAGGCUACUCCAGUUUCAUAUCCUCAAGUAACGCUCGCUUCCCAUUAUGACGCCGGGGCUAUCAACAAACAAAUUCCAGCUGCACCAGCUGUUGGAUACUAUCCCCAAUUUGUACAAACUGCUGCCCCAGGAUCUUCAGGAAAUCCACAACAAUUGUUCAUUGUUCGUCAAAUGAAACCUGGUAUGAACAAAGUUUACCCAGCAACCCCCGAUGCAUCAGCUACCCCUUGCCAACUAUUGAGACAAAACGCGGCUGCGCAAAACCAGUUUGUUUUGGCACCACGGCAGUAGAGACUGACAUAAUUAACGUUUUUACUCAUAACAACGUUCUGGUCAACUAGUUCUGCCUUUCUUCCCAUGUAUUGGUCCAUUUUGCAAUAUCAGUUUUAUGGCAUUGGGUGGAAGAGAAGAAAUUAAAUCAACAAGUUUAUAGAGGAAGAAAUAAUUGGAACAUUGUAAAACGUGAACCACCCUCUUAACGAAAUUUGAAAUGGACAAUGGUGGAGAAAGGCUCCAGAACCUACUUGUGAUGUAAAGAUGUUAAUGUGAAAUUUAAGUAGUAAA